AAAUCAAAUCAAAUUCUAUAUAAAGACAGAACUGAAAUCUAUAGUAUAUCAAAAGGCAAUUAUAAAAAAUGGAAAUGCAGUGGGUUUACAUUUCUACAGCUAUUUUUUUUACAUGCUACCUCUUUCUUAACAUAUUUGUGAGGAAUUUUAAUGGUUGGUAUUAUCAUCUCAAACUAAGAAACAAAAAGUACCCUUUGCCUCACGGUGACAUGGGAUGGCCUCUUAUUGGCAAUUUCUUAACAUUCAUUAAAGAUUUCUCAACUGGCCAACCUGAUUCAUUCAUUACCAACCUUAUUCUCAAAUAUGGAAAAAAGGGUAUCUACAAGACUCACAUAUUUGGAAAUCCAAGUAUCAUAAUUUGUGAACCAAAGACGUGUAGAAAAGUGCUCAUAGAUGAUGUGAACUUUAAGUUUGGUUAUCCAAAAUCCGUCAACGAGUUGGCAAAAUGUAAAGCCAUGACUGAUGUAUCUAGUUCAGAACAUAAUCUUCUCCGACGACAAAUUAUUGCUCCCCUUGUUGGUCACAAGGCACUAGCAAUAUACUUAGAACGUAUAGAGGAUAUUGUGAUCAAUUCCUUAGAAGAACUAUCAAGCAUGAAGCACCCUAUUGAGUUGUUGAAAGAGAUGAAAAAGGUUACCUUUAAAACUAUUAUCCAUGUUUUCUUCGGCUCUUCUAAUCAAGACAUUAUUAAAAACAUUGGAAGCUUAAGUAAUGAUUUGUUUAAUGGCCUGUUCUCUAUCUCCAUCAAUGCACCUGGUUUUGCUUUCAACAAAGGACUCAAGGCACGCAAGAAGAUAGCCAAAAUAGUUAAAUCUAUUGUGGAUGAAAGGAGAUUGAUGAUAAAAAAUGGUCAACAAGUGGGAGAGAAAAAGGAUCUAAUAGAUAUUCUCUUGGAAGUCAAAGAUGAGAAUGGUAGAAAUUUGGAGGAUGAGGAUAUUAGUGACUUCUUGAUAGCACUUUUAGUUGCUGGACAUGAAUCAACAGGAACUGGUUUAAUGUGGUCAAUUAUAUAUCUUACACAACAUCCACAUAUCCUUAAAAAAGCAAAGGAAGAACAGGAAGAAAUCAUGAGGACAAGACCAGCCUCUCAAAAACAAUUGAGUUUUAGUGAAAUCAAGCAAAUGGUUUACCUUUCUCAUGUGAUCAAUGAAAUGUUGAGAUGUGCCAACAUGGCCUUUUCAACUUUCCGAGAGGCAACAUCUGAUGUCAUCAUCAAUGGUUAUCUCAUACCAAAAGGAUGGAGAGUGCUAGUAUGGUUGAGAGCUAUUCACAUGGAUUCUGAAUAUUACCCAAAUUCAGAAGAGUUUAAUCCAUCAAGAUGGGAUGAUUACACUGUCAAGGCAGGAUCCUUCAUUCCUUUUGGGGUAGGAAGUAGGUCAUGUCCUGGAGCUGACUUAGCAAAACUUGAAAUUUCUGUAUUUCUUCAUCAUUUCCUCCUUAAUUAUAGGUUGGAGCGAAUCAAUCCAAAAUGUCCUAUUACUUGCUUACCGGUAUCUAUGCCCAUUGACAAUUGUCUCGCUAAAGUGAUAAAGGUUUCAUGUGAUUAGCUAUUCUCUUUGGAAGUCAUUAAGUAUUUAAGUAUUUCUAGUGAAUCUUGUUUUUAGUUUACUUGUGACCGUCUUGUGUUAACAAGAAGUAAAGAAUAAAAAAGUUGUAAUAAUGGGGGUGAAGAGAUUCACCAUAUGUAUUGAUGGAUAUUAUAUAUUGCUAUAUUUAUACUUUUGUUUUAAUA